AUGUCGUCUUUCGACACAGGAGACAUCCUCGACGCCGCCGGAGACGCCUGCGGACCGACCUCUGUCGGACGAGUCGGCCUGCGUAUCGGCGCAAUCUUCAUCAUCUUGGCUACCUCCCUGGUCGGCACCCUCUUCCCCAUCCUCUCUAAGCGAGUCUCGGUCCUUCGUCGAGCGGUACCCGGCUGGAUCUUCGAGUUUGCCAAAUUCUUCGGCUCGGGUGUGAUCCUCGCGACCGGCUUGAUCCACCUCCUCGAGCCUGCUGCCGACGCGAUUGGCGAAGGCAGUACUCGCUCCGCGGGCGGAUGCAUCAACGACGCCUGGGGGGAGUACCCCUACGCUUUCGCCAUCUGUCUCAUCUCGCUCUUCCUCACCUUUGUUACCCAAAUCUGCGCCUUCCGUCUCGGCACCGCCCGACUCGCCAAGCUUGGCUUCAAAGCCUCGCCACACAUCCACGUCGUCGGCCACCCAGGACACGUCCAGGAGCAGGACCGCGCAGCGACCAUCCCUGGACCCGCUGCCGACUCUACUGGCGAGGCCGACUCUUUGGAGAAAGGCGAGUUUGCGCAGGAUGCUGAGGUCGAGAGCCAGCACUUCCACGACGCGAGCGAGCAGAACCCGUUCGUCGCGCAGCUUCUUGGCGUCGCGACUCUCGAGUUCGGCGUCGUCUUGCACAGCGUGAUCAUCGGCUUGACCCUCUCGACGACCGAAGACGAUGGCUUUACCACCCUCUUCGUCGUUAUCAUCUUCCACCAGAUGUUCGAAGGACUCGGACUCGGCACCCGUCUCUCGUUCCUCAAGCUCGACCCGGCAUGGUCGUGGAUCCCGUGGGUCGGUGCGCUGCUUUACUCGCUUUGCACGCCAAUCGGAAUGGCGGUUGGGCUGGGCGUACGGGAGGGCUUGAGUAUGUCCGGCGCGACAGCUUCGGUUACAUCAGGCGUGUUGGACGCUUUCUCGUCCGGCAUCCUCCUCUACACCGCAACAGUCGAGUUGCUCGCUCACGAGUUCAUCUUCAACAAGUUCUACCACACCUGCUCCUGGAAGCGGCUCUUCUUCUCGCUCGUCUGCUUCGCGGCAGGUGCGGGCAUCAUGGCGUUGCUGGGCAAGUGGGCGUAA